GUGGCACCAAGUGCAAGGCCGCUCGGGGCCAUGGGCUGCUGCCAAGACAAGGACUUUCAGAGGGAUGUGCAGGCCAAAGAGAGCGUGUCAGAGGAAGGUGGGACCAGAGACACACAAAGGGGGUUCAGGGAGUGGGCUUGGGGACUUCCCGAUAGAAGGCUGGACUAGGGAGGGUAGAGCUCAGCGGGCCUCUUUAUCCUCGCAGGCACUGAAGGGGUUGAUGGGGACUCAGAGUACCACCAGGAUCCUAAGUCAAACGAUAGCCUUCUGAUCACCGUGCUGUGGCGGCGGCUAUCCUUGUUCAGCCGUCGGGGCUCCACGCGGACAAACAAGAGGCAAUCAGUCCUGGGUCAAAAGCCGGGUUGUAAGAUCCCGGAAUGCAACCGGGAGGGGAUCCCGGAGGAGCCAGAAAAGGGUUGA